AGCGGCUAGUCUGUUUGUUACUAUGGCGACACCGAUGAGCUCUUGUCGUUCUGAGUUUUGAGAACUCAAUAAGAGAGUAUUUCGUAAAUUUCCACGGGUUUUCUAUGUUAUUUGGAUUUAAGGUCUCUUUUUAGUAGAAUGUCUACUGUAGAAGAAGGGCAGCCCUCUAAUGGAGCAACAAACACGAUCGAAAAUACACAAGAGGAUGCAGUGGACGGGAAUAUUGGCGAAGAAGAGAACCCAGUGAAGAGCGAAGGUGCCGAAAAUUCCACCGAAAACCAGGGAAGUCUUGAUAAUGAAGAGAAAACAGAAGAUAAGCAGACAGCAAGUGAAUUAACCAACGAAGAAAAUGCCGAAUCGGAAGAAAUUACUGCGGAUCAGCCAACAAACAACGAACUUGAGACAGACAAUGCACAAAAUGUCGAUGACCAACAACAACAAACUCAAACUUUACCGGAUAACGAAGGACCUGUAGAGAAUCAAGACCUAUCAGUACAAACGGAUGGUCGUUUAACUCCUAAUAAAGGCAGCGAAGCUGUCGAAACAGCUAGCGAGGCGCCUUUAAUCGCUCCACCCGCAUCGCAAGCUGAGGCUUCUGAAACUGCUAAUAUCAGCCCUACUAAGAUAGGAGAUGCGGUUGAUAUUCCAGUAAAAUUUGUUGUAAUGCCUGAAGGACAAGUUAUAACUCUACACUGUAACCCAAGGCAGUCAUUCUCAGAGCUCAGGAACCACUUCUCAUCUGAGUUUGGGCAGCCUGUUGAGGCCAUUCUUAUGUUACAUGAAGAUAAAAUACUUGAAGACCAAGGCACAAUAGCAGACCUUUCACAUCAGCCAGGGGCUACUCUACAAAUAGAGCUACAAUCCACUGACCCUGUGAAUGCUUCCCUGAGCUUCAAAAAGCCAGCCAGCGCUCCCCAACUUCCACCUGUUAUCACUGUUAAUGUGGAGAUUGAUGGCAAGCCCCUAGAAAUCAAGGUCCAGAUAGUCCAGGAAUGCAUAAAGAAGCCAUUUAUUGGUGGUUUCAAGCAUCGACUGACAGGAACAGAGUUUCACAAUGCUACAGCUCAGACCGUACCCAAAAUUAGAGUACCAUCACCAGUAGAGAGAUUCCAUAGAGACACCCAGACAUAUAAGAUGAAAAACAUGAGACAGCAGACAACAAAUACCACAUCUACACAAAUGACCAAGGAGGGCUGCUAUGUGUCUAAUGUUACUGACAAAGUGAUGAUUCCUGGGAAGUAUGAGACUGCUGACGAAUACCACCAGAAGCGUCUAGAAAAGGUGCUCAUCCUGCAGACGUACUGGCGGCGUUGGCUUGCGAAGAGAUAUGUGGACAACCUGCGUCAGGACAAGCUCCAGAGGCUUGAAUGGGAGCGACAGGAAGAGCUGAGGAAACAGCGAGAGAAGGCAGAAAGGAUCCGCAAAGAGUGGGACCGCAGACUAAACCCUAAGACCAAGGAGGACUUUGAUCUUCUGUAUGCGCACCUGGAAAAAUGGCGUAAAGAGGAGAUGGCGCGGAUUGAAGAACUAUACUCUGGUCCUGAGCGCAAGGCAGCGUUGAUCGGCCUUGUAGAGCAGGAGGCUUACCUCAUAAGCUCCAUCGACAGACACAAGAUCGCUGCUGGCCUUGAGAACACCGACAAAGGAGUCAGGGCUUUCCUUGAUAAGGCUGCUGCCCCAAAGCGAUGGAAAGCGUUUGAUGGCAAGAUAACCGAGAUGGAUACACCUUACACCAUCCGUGCCCAGGAGCUCCGAGACAUCUACAACACACUGUGCAUGAAAUACCUGACGCAGGACGAGAGACUGGACGUGCUGCUCACACUCAAACACACCGUCAAAGAACAUGACUGUCAACUGACGCACGAGAUUAUUGAACUGAUAGACCGAGAAGCGGACCUUCUCAUGCGCGGCGUGAAGGAGUCGAAUCUUGAAGGUUUACGCAAGCGAAUAUCGACGCUCUUCCUGCAGUACUGUAAGACACCGUUGUUUAACCCUGAAGCUGCUCGUCUGAUCAAGGUCCCUCAAGAUCCGACAGUCCUUCGCAAAAACAUCUACUUCUGUCCAAGCUGUAACCGCUACCUCCCCUCCACGGAAUUCAAGCUUUCAUCGAACUCAAGUGUGGUCGGUCGAUGCCGCAAAUGUCUCAAGUUGGAUAAUGAUGCACGGUUACGCCAAGACCUCUCUCUGUACAGAGCCAUGCUCAAAGACCUCAGGCGGUCAGAAGAGAAUAUUGACGACGGCUCUAGGAUCGCUUUCCUGCUACAGGAACCUGAUUUGAGGUACCUCGUGGAAAAUAUCUGGAAUUCACAAAGCAUUUUGAGCGCACAUGACGAUCUAUUCGACCUCGUGCUGGUGCGGUGGAACAACCACGAGGAGUGGUCGCCCUGGAACUGUAUCCUGCUCACGAAAGAAGAAGCCACGGCGCACCACAAGCUUGAAAAUGUUACAGAAGCAUACGGCCGAAUGUUCAUCGGAAAAGUUCUCCACAAACAUGUCCUGGCCAGGAGUUACUUUUCAAGACUUCCUGGAAUGGCCGAACACAUGAAAGUCAAGAUAGCUGGUAGAGUUCCUGGUACUCAGAAGGGACCCGCAGCCGUGUACUAGACAGAUACUCUACAGCGAGAUGUAAAAACUUGUAAAAAAAUUCAAAGUAUUAUACUCCGCGAAUUGUACAUAGAUUUUACGUUAUAGUAAGCUGAUAGGUUGUAAGUCAUUUUAUAUCAAAUAAAUUCUUAAGUACAA